CGGGCAAGCGUCCUAAUCCUCUCGGACGGCGAACAGAAGCAGACUCGAUUAAUAGUCGUGGCUCGUGAGAGAAUCGACGAACAACCAGCUCUAGCGUCCUUGGUGUCGUCUUCUUGGGGAGUUGCGCGGGAGCUUGAAAAACCCAUCGGUUUGACUGUUUGAACUCGAACACGUCUAACGCGGAACGUCGUCGUAGAUGGAACGAAGAAUACUCAUCGUUGUCUUUGCGUCGUCUAACUUACGUUACGACAUCGAGUGAGAAACUAAUCUAAAAACAGGGGAACAAUAUUAUUGUCAUGUGAGGAAUACGUAUCUUUAUAUAUAAAACAACAACAACAACAACAAAAAACGGGAUUGUAGAUCGAGUCAUUUCGUUACGUUCGUUUUUUGAUCGUUGAUAAGAGUGUACACAGACAUACACACGAGUACUUGAAUAAGAAGAGGCCACCUUUGAUUCUUAAAUCAACGAAUAUACAAAGAAGAAACCACAAGUAUGAAGACGAGCGCUAUUAUUCUGUUGUUAUUCUUGUGCCUGCAAUUUUUAGCCUCGGAGUCUAAGUUACGUCAACAGACAACGACUGUCGAGGCGACGGACGACGACGACGACGAUUGGGACGAAGACGAAGACGAUGAUGACGAUGAUGACGACAACGACGAAGACGAUAACGAAAGUUAUCAUCCGAAAUCUGAGAUAGAUGAUGAUGGACGUGUCUAUAAGAAUCCAAGAAAUUCACCGUCCGCUAAAUGCCCGCGAGAUCAGGACCUAGCUACUAUGUUGGGUCAAAAGUGCCUGAGAAAAUGUUCUACCGAUGAGGAUUGUAAAAGUAAAAAGAAGAAAUGUAGAUGCGACGGUGCGUGUGGUAUGUCAUGCAUUAAACCAGACAGAGAGUGUCCACUGUUAUCCGAUAUUGAAAACGGUGUUUUGACACUAACCGGACGAUAUUUCGGUGAUCGGGCACGUUACACUUGCGAUACAGAUUUCUUUACUGUCGGCUUGUCCGAAAGGACUUGCCGUGCCGAUGGAGUCUGGACUGGUUCUACUCCGUCCUGUAAGAGGAAUCAAAGUUCCUUCUGCUCGCAGCCGCCCAAAAUUAAAAAUGCCAGAAACGAUGCAUUGUCCGAACAAACAACUUAUGAUCAAAACAGUAUAGUCUCAUAUUAUUGUAAUCAUGGAUAUGUUAUAGCCGGUGCAAGGAAAUCUAAAUGUGUUGUGAUGGAUGGUAUUGCCAGUUGGUUCGGUCCCGAUAUCACCUGCGAACCACAAAACUGUGGUCCGCCGGCGGACAUCGCCAAUGGAUGGCACGCUGGUGAAUGUUACACGUACGAUUGUCGCGUGUCCUAUCAUUGUGCAAACGAAUACGAAUUGAUUGGUCGUGCUGAAAAGAUAUGUUUGGCUGAUGGUACUUGGAUGCCUAAAGAGUCACCGCAAUGCGUUCAAGUAACAUCCGUACAGUGUCCUAAACCAGAAAAUCCCGAAAAUGGAAAAGCUGUCUUUACAUCCUAUGCUUAUAACUCGAUAGUUUCUUACGAGUGUAAAUACGGUUAUACUGUUGUGGGAGCGGCGACCAGACGUUGUGGAGCAGAUAGAAAAUGGACAGGAAAAACGCCCACCUGUCAAGAGAUUAAUUGCGGUUCGCCGGGGGUUCUUUAUAACGGUUGGAUAGAAAAUAUCGAAUUAGGUACUGGAUUAGGUGCAAGCAUAAUCUUCCGUUGCAACGAUCAUAUGAAACUCGAAGGAAACGCAUCUUCCGUCUGCCAAGCGGAAGGAAAGUGGCGUUAUCCUUUGCCGCAAUGUUUGGCUCCUUGCGUAGUACCACAAAUUGAAAAUGGACAUAUAACUGUUGCCAGCCACGAGAAGGAUCAUAUUAAUAAUGUCUCAGUUGUAGAACACGGCGAGAGAUUAUUGGUAUCAUGCGUUAAAAAUUACGAAUUCGCAGCUAACAGUACACCGGUUGUGUGCAACAAUGGAACUUGGUCAAUAGUACCGAGUUGUUCGCCAGCCAGGUGCAAGCGAAUGCCAAAGUCACCCAAAAAUGGGAUGGUCAUAGCUCCUAAGACGGAUCAUGGUAUGAAAGCUGUUUUUAAAUGCAAGGAUGGUUUUGAAUUGGUUGGUGGUGGCCCUUUGAACGCAUCUUUCUCUGUGGAAUGUCAAUAUGGUAACUGGACUGGUGACAUACCUCACUGCGUUCAAGUAUUUUGUCCGUUUCCUGGUUUUAUUGAAAAUGGAAAAGUAUUUUUGGUCGGCAAUAUGGGGGUUUACGAUUAUCGGCCUUACGUUAGAAAGGUUGUUAAUAAUAAACAAAUCAUGUACGACUGUGACAAGGGUUAUGUUCUCGAUGAAGGACCUAACGGUGCUACUUGCAUCGGUGGAAAAUGGAGUCCUCAAGAAUUACCCAAAUGUAUUCCUGGUCAACAUCCUAGAUUGAGGUGGAGUAGACGUCGAAGAUCAAUAGCCGAUGCUACCGAGGAAGACAUUGCUGCUAAUUACAAAAAAUUCAUCGAGUUUUUCAGAAAGGUCGGUAAAAAAUUGUUGCAUUUGGAAUCGAUCAAGGCACGAGAUCACGAAAAACGUCCAGGUGGUUUCAAUGGAUCAUCCAAAGAAAACGACGAAAAUACUAAUUCAACGGUAUCCGUUCAAUGGAAAAAACAACAUUCUAAUCAUGGAAACGGUACUUGGAAUCGCGACGAAAAGAUCAUUGAUUUCUUACGAAUGGUUUAUAAAAAAUUAGAACGCAUGGAUGCCAGGCAACCGAGUAACAAUACGAACGGUAGCAUGCACGAGUUGUUAAAUGCCAUGAGUAAAAAUUUCUUUCACGUUGAUUUGACGGAAUCGAGAAAGAACGGAUCCGGUAGGGGUAGAUCAGUUUUCGAAAUAAGAAAUCAAAGAGAGUUUAUAAGACUGAAAAGAGAAUUCGAAAGAAUAAUGAGAUUUUAUAAUAAAUCAAUAAGAUGGAAUGAAAAACAAAAUCGCAAAGAGUCGAGAAAGAAAAAUGGUCAAUCGUCUCACGGUGAUAAGAAUAAAAAAUCUAAGGAUAAGAAGAAACGUAAGAAGAAUUAUUACAAAGGUUUUUACGAUUUUGUUAAUAGUUACGUGUCGGAAAAAUUGUCAAUGUUAGAGGCACGCAACGCGACUGAGGAAUUAAUCAAAAAAAUGAAGAUCGAUAAGUUUACUGUUAGGAAUGGUACAGCGUUUACCGUUGGCGAAAUGUACGCAUUUUUCAAACAUAUCAUAGAAAAUAAAUUAAAUACUACGGAAGAAAAUUCAGUAACGGAAACAACGACGUUCAUAACGCCAACGUCGGAUAUUGAUUUUAACGAUACCGUAGUUACAACGUCAACUACGUCAACCAAAGACAAUCUACUAUUGAAUAAUGAGAUUCCAAUUAAGGAAGGUGCACCGAAGCAUCGUAGUAAACGUAUUAGAAACGCAUCGGAUGAUUCGAAUGUUACUCGUAAAAAAAGGAAGCUUUUAUCAUUGAAUAACGUAUCGUCGUCGUCGUCGUCGUCGUCGUCUUCGUCGUCGUCGAGUCUUCAAACGAGAUCUAAGAUUAAAGAAGAAGACGAAACUUUAAAGGUUGCUGAUGACGGAUUGAACAACAACUCACAAGGAUUUACUUUGAACGAACUGGAAGCUCAACAGCAAAGCCGUGCUAAGAGAUUUAUCAAAGCUUCUGAGCUAGAUAAUCAAAUAUUCUUAAAGAACUUGUAUUUAAACGCUUACGAGAAAGAAUAUCGUGCAAAUGUUAAACGUUCGAUAGAAAAUAAUGAUCAUACGAAAAAUAGUUGGUCGGCUUCGAGAAGGCGCAAGGGUAAUCUCGAUAUUUAUGAGAUCAAGUGAUGAAGUUACUGAAGUGUUGUGAUAUUAACGGGAAUUUAUUCAAAUCAUUUACCGAUAUCAAUCGAAUUUUUAGGUGAAGUAUACACACUCACAAAACACAUUAACACAUUCACACAAUUAUACGAUAUAUUUAGCUGUAAUCGUCGUCCCUCGUCAUCGGUGCGCACUGUAAAGCGCGUCGAGCUUUUACUUUCUUUCCAAAUGAGAAAGGGAAACAUGGAACGUGAAGAAAAUAGAAGAGAAACGA